AGCAUCAGCGUCCCGUUAAACCAAACAGACGACCAGGAGGUGGAUUUAUCUGCACUGAACCAACUCGUCCUUCAGAUCCAGUUCAUGAUGCAGCUACCAGAGUCUGAGUGAAGAUCUAGCAGCAUGACGUCCACAUCUGGAACCAACGGAUGGCUCCGCUCUGACGUGGAGAACGUGGUGGAAGAACGUCAGAAAUAUGGAAGAACCGUCAGCGAGAUUCUGCAGGAUCAGGAUCAGGAGGCUUCAGGUCGGAGGAAACCAGUUUUAAUCCGGUCAAAGACUUUCGAUCAUUCGCUGCUGACUCAAGUCCAAACCGACUCCGACUCCAAGAUAGAAAGAAAGAAAUCUCACUACAGCCAGCUUUCCAAGAGCAACAGCCAGUACCAUAAAAUAUUCAAGGAGAUCAGCAAAGAGGAGCAGCUCAGACAGAGUUAUACCUGUGCUCUGCAGAAAGACAUCCUCUACCAGGGUCGCAUGUUCGUCUCCGACCACUGGAUCUGCUUCCACUCCAAGGUGUUUGGCAAAGAUACCAAGAUCGCCAUCCCAGUGGUGUCGGUCACCAACAUCAAGAAAACCAAAACUGCCAUCCUGGUGCCAAACGCUCUGGUGAUCGCCACCGCAAAUGACAGGUAUGUGUUCGUGUCUUUCCUGUCCAGAGACAACACCUACAAGUUCCUGAUGUCCGUCUGUCUUCACCUGGAGGAGAAGAGUCCAUGCAGCAGCCCGGUUCCUUCAUCAGCCAACAACAGCUUCAGAAGUCAGAGGUCGCCGCUAUCGCCUCGUUUCCCUCUGAGUGAGUUCAGCGAUCUGGACGGACCCAUCAGACAAAGGAGGCAGGAGAUGGAGGAGAGCAGCAGCUCCGACUCUCCAGAAUACGAGAAGAUAGCAGAGUUCCCUGUUCCUCCCUUCCUGGAUGUUUUACAGCACAAAGACGCUUCAUCACCUCCUGAACAUCCAGAACACAAAGUAAAGAACCAGAACCAGCAUCAGAACCAGCAUCAGAAUCAGAACCAGAACCAGCAAAGCCCCAACAACAAGCAGCACAAAGGCUCAGAGUUGAUGAUCGACAGCAGAACUCUGAAAGCCGUUUCUCUCAACACUCUGCUGCUCGUCUACAUGUUUCUAGUUUGCGUCCUGGUGCUGUCGUCUUGUUACCUGGCCUUUAAAAUCGUCUCGUUGGAGCAAAGACUGACGACUCUUGGUUCCGUCGCUGAGUUCGUUCAUCCAGAAAAUGAUUUUCUAACUUCUGACGUGAACACUGAACUUUUCUCUGAGCUGCUGACCGUCAACCUGAUCAAACUGGAAAAGGUGCAGAAGAACCUUCAGAGGCUGCUGGAAGAAGCUACCUGAACCACCAUUGAAGUUCUGUAAAUAUUCUGUAAAUAUGGAGUUUAUUAAAGUCAAACGUUACAACGCUGA